CUUGGAAUUCAUCAAUUGUUGCAUCCAAAACUCCAUCAAAGCAGGUAAAUAUGGCUUCCAUACCAGUUAUUAUUAAGCACCAGGGCAAACGCCACGAAGUUGAGCUCGAUCCCUCCCUAAACGGCGAGACGCUCAAGUACCAGCUAUUCUCCCUCACCGGUGUCGAACCUGAACGACAGAAGAUUUUGGUUAAGGGUGGUCAGCUCAAGGAUGAGACUCCAUUGUCCUCCCUCAACGCCAAGCCAGGGCAGACCUUCAUGAUGAUGGGAACGCCAUCCGGUAAUCAAGGCGCUGCGGAUUUGGGCCGACCUAAGGAAGUAAUGAGAUUCUUGGAAGAUAUGACGGAAGCAGAGGCUGCUAAGGCAGAGGGAGCAUUCCCUGCUGGUCUUCAGAACUUGGGUAAUACUUGCUACCUCAAUUCUACCCUACAGGCUCUGAGGGGCGUUCCCGAGCUCCAAGAGGAACUGCAAAGAUACCGUCCGACUGCAGGCUCUAGCGGGGGCACCAAUCUCGCAGGUCUCAGUAGCCUCGGUCUAGAAGGAAUAGGUGCUUCGACGGAUCUUACUGCUUCUCUUCGGGAUUUAUUCAAACAGAUGUCAGAGACACAGGAGGGCUUCCCGCCUCUCAUGUUCCUCAAUGCCUUGAGAAAUGCUUAUCCCCAGUUUGCUCAAAGAGACCGGAACGGACAUGGAUAUGCCCAACAGGAUGCUGAGGAGGCUUGGUCCCAAAUUGUGACACAGCUCAGGAACAAGCUGGUCAUCAAAGAAGGCGAGGGGGAGUCUGCAAAGGAGGUGUCAUUCGUGGAUAGAUAUCUUGCUGGACGAUUCGAGUCUGUGACAGAAUGUGACGACGCUGCGGCCAAGGAAGUUGGUGAGAAGCCUACAGAGAGCACGGAUGUGUUCUACAAGCUCGACUGCCACAUCGGCAAGGAAACGAACCAUCUGAGCGACGGUAUAAUGGCCGGCCUCGAAGAAAAGAUCGAGAAGCACUCCCCUACUCUGGACCGCGAUGCCAUUUACACAAAGCGCUCCCGCAUAGCUCGCUUGCCCAAAUAUCUCACGGUGCAUUUCGUUCGAUUCUUCUGGAAGCGCGAAACUCAGAAGAAGGCCAAAAUCAUGCGAAAAGUCACUUUCCCUCACGAGCUUGAUGUGGUUGAUUUCUGCACCGAAGAGUUGAAGAAGCAGCUUAUCCCCAUCAGGGACAAGGUUCGAGAGAUCCGAAAGGAAGAGGUGGACGUUGAGCGGGCUCGCAAGCGCCAGAAGCUCGCUCAUCGCCAGGAAGAUGGUAAGAAUGAAGAAGCUGAAUCAUCGAGCAUGGAGCCCAUGCAGAAGAAGAAAGCAGCCGAAGAGCGCAAGGAGGACAAGGAUGAAGCCAUGACCGAUGUAUACAAGACCGAUGCCGAAUAUGAGGCUGAAAAGACCGCUUCAAUCCUUGCUGCCAAAAAGGAACUCUCCGCACUGAUUGACCAGAAGCUCGCAGCUGAUGCUGGAGCCAACACUACUGGUCUCUACGAGCUCCGCGGCGUGAUUACCCACCAGGGUGCCAGCGCUGAUAGUGGUCAUUAUACCGCGUAUGUGAAGAAACAGGACAAGGAAAACCCUGGCAGUGCUGAAGGCAAGUGGUGGUGGUUCAAUGAUGAAAAGGUAACUGAAGUGGAUGGAGAGAAGAUUGAGACCCUCGCUGGCGGUGGUGAAUCUCACUCUGCCCUGAUCCUCCUAUACCGGGCGGUCGAGCUGCCUACUGAGAAAUGAGCAGCAUCUCCGCAACAGGAUAAUUAUGAUUGAUGCGACCACUACACUUCCAUAGAUGAUGAAUUGAUUUGACUAUUAGCUUGCCUGCUCACCAGAGCAGGGUAUAUUACUUCUCAAUGAACACAUUGGACCCG